AUGGUAUCGCUCCUCAAACUCGCCAAAGUCACUGAAGAAGGUGUCCGUUUCCUCAGUCCCCACGAUGGGUCGCCCAUGCUACUCACACCCGAACACUCCAUCUCCCUCCAGAACUCAAUCGGCUCCGACAUAAUCAUGCAACUUGACGACGUUAUCGCGACCACCUCACCCGAUCACGCGCGCAUGAAGGAGGCCAUGGAACGCUCGGUACGCUGGCUUGACCGCUGCAUACAAGCGCAUAAGCACCCAGACAGACAGAACCUUUUCUGUAUCAUACAAGGUGGCCUGGACCUGGACAUGCGGAAAGAAUGUACCGCCCAGAUGGUUGCGCGAGAUACACCAGGCAUCGCGAUAGGAGGCCUUUCUGGCGGCGAGGAGAAGGCGGCCUAUUGCGAAGUCGUGAAGACAUGUACCGACCUGCUUCCUGAGAAGAAGCCGCGAUAUGUUAUGGGCGUCGGAUAUCCAGAAGAUCUGGUCGUCUCCGUCGCACUUGGCGCUGACAUGUUUGACUGUGUUUGGCCAACACGAACCGCCCGAUUCGGCAACGCCAUCACAUCACGCGGCUCCCUCAACCUACGCAAUGCCAUGUACUCCGAAGACUUCAGCCCUAUCGAAGAAGGUUGCCGAUGCACAUGCUGCCGUCCGACAUCCGAUGGCGGACUGGGUAUCACCCGAGCCUACAUAUACCACGUCACCGCGAAAGAGACUGCUGGUGCCCACCUUCUCACCAUGCACAACGUCUACUACCAAUUAAACUUGAUGAGGGAAGCGAGAGAGGCCAUCAUGCAGGACCGAUACCCGCAGUUUGUCAAGGACUUCUUUGGCGAUCUGUACAACAGGGAAAAGGAUAAGUAUCCUGUAUGGGCGGUCGAUGCGCUGAAAAGUGUUGGUGUAGACCUGCUUGCCGAGUAG